AUGCCUAUUAACCAACUGGACAUGGGUCAAGGAGGGGGCACGGCCAUUGAGGACGCAGUGUCCCUGGCAGUUCUGUUGCCGUUGGGGAGACAGACAGAGGAUAUACCAGGUCGACUGGCGCUGUAUGAGCAGGCUCGACGAGAGCGGAUAGAGAUGAUCCUGAAAUCCACCCGAUUCAACUAUCUAGAUGAGGGGGAUGUUUCGGCUCCAGACUUACCGAUAGCCAGAGUAUUGGGAAUGUGCUUUGCACAUAAUGAGGUGAAGAGCUCCAUUGCUUUGCUUCAGCCACAGAUUGUAGCGGUAUAG